GAUUUCCUGUCUUGCAUGCCAUCAAUAAAAGAACUCUCAAGUUUAUACUUUAAGACUCAAAAAUACAAAAUUUGGAAUCUAAUAAGAAUAACAUGGAAAGCAGAAAACAUAGGAAGGGGAAAAUGGAAUCACACAGUGCUGAGGUACGAGGUUCACAGAGACUACAAGCUUUGCUUCAUCAUUUCCAACCUUCCAUAACCAACAACCCCCACAACUUGAAUCGCAGCCAUUUCACCUCGAAACCGACCAAGAGAGCUGCGGUUCUGAUCUGUCUCUUUGAAGGUUCCGAUGGGAAUCUCAGAGUGAUCCUCACUUUGAGGGCUUCUUCUCUCUCACGCCACUCCGGUGAGGUUGCUCUGCCAGGUGGCAAGAGGGAAGAAGGUGAUGCUGAUGAUGUAGAAACCGCUUUGAGGGAGGCUAAGGAGGAAAUUGGAUUGGACCCUUCUCUUGUUUCUGUUAUCACUCUUCUUGAACCCUUUCAUACUAAGUAUGGCAUUACAGUAAUACCUGUGGUGGGAAUAUUGUCCAACAAGGAUGCAUUUUCACCGGUUUUAGAUUCAGCUGAAGUUGAAGCAAUAUUUGAUGUUCCAUUGGAGAUGUUCCUCAAGAAUGAGAAUAGGAGAGCUGAGGAAAGAGAAUGGAUGGGAGAGAAGCAUCUUGUACAUUAUUUUGAUUAUGAAUUUGAGAAUACACAGUAUGUGAUAUGGGCUAUAACUGCUGCUAUCUUGAUCAGGGCAGCUACCAUUUUACUUCAGCGGCCGCCGGAGUUUCUAGAGCAGAGGCCUAAAAUCUGGGGAGGAAUUACUGAAAACGACAUGAUAAUGUUACAGAAUAGUUCCAAGUAGUUUUAGUUUUAUCAUUUUUUACAUCUUUUAAUUUGUAUGAUGUUUUUCAGAUGAACCUGCCUGCUCUCCUUUUUUUGAGCAAUAUAAAACAAGUGAUUGAAGCAAACUGAAUUUGGAGGAAGGUCAUGAGGAAUUGAGAAACUUCUCACUUAUUUGUGAAGCACUGUUUCAGUGAUAUAGCUUUAAUAAUGAUCAUGAUCUAAAUUCCCCUGCUGACAAAGUGCACAUUAUUUUGUGUUAUUAAU